AUGGCUGAAGAAAUUAGAAAACUGCUAAAUGAUGAAAAAGCCCUUGCAAAGGUAGCAAGGCCUGCAUUUCAAGAACUCGAUACAGAUAGAUCAGGAUACAUAGAAGAAGGCGAAUUAUUGCAAGCUAUGACAAAAGCAGCCCAAUCAAUGAGAUGCAAAGUGCCUACGAAAGAUCAAGUAAAACAAAUUGCAAAAACAAUUGACAAAAAUCAAGACGGCAGUAUUUCUUUUAACGAGUUUAUAGAACUAGUCAAAAAAAUGCUGCGAGAUUUGAUCGGCGAGCCCGAAGAAGACAAACCUGAGCCAAACGAGCCUAAUAAUUCCAAUCAAUUAGAAACCGAAAAUAUUGAGAAUGCUAUAUCUCAACUUACAAAGCUAUUGAACAACGACCAAGCUCUUGCGAAAGUAUCAAGGCCUUCUUUCAAUGAAAUCGACACUGACAACUCAGGAUACAUUGAAGAAAAAGAACUUUUACGUGUUAUGAUUAAUGCAUCAUCAAGCAUGAGAGCUAAACCUCCUACUAAAGAAGAUGUAAAAAAUAUUAUGAGGCAGAUUGAUAGAAACAGUGACGGAAGCAUUUCUUUUCCAGAAUAUCAAGAAAUGCUGAAAAUCAUGCUGAGAAAAAAAAUUGAGGAACUUGAAAAGAUGAAACAAGAACAGCUUGAGAUUCAGAGGAAACAAGAACAAGGAAGGCUGAUAUAUGAGCUAAGAGAGCUUGUUAAUGAUACAGAGUCUCUAGCAAGAAUGGCUAGGCAGCCAUUUCAAGAAAUUGACAGUGAUAACUCAGGAUACAUUGAAGAAAAAGAGCUACUAAAGAUUAUGACAAAAGCUUCAUUUAAUAUGAAGUGUAAACCUCCAACAAAAGAACAAGUAAAAGCUAUCAUGAGAGAAAUUGAUAGAAACCAAGAUGGAAAAAUUUCUUUCAAUGAAUUUUUAUAUCUUUUAUCUGAAAAGUAUCUAAUUAUUUGCUUAAUUAAUAAGUAAAAGUUUUAUAAAAUAAGGAGCAUAAUCUAUGAAAAUAGUAUAGAAAUGCUAAGAUCAUUGAUAAGAAGAGUAUUAGAUGAAUUAGAAGGAAGAACACAAAUUAUUGACCAAGAUCAAGCAGAGCAGCAAAUAAGACUAUUCGAAAAAUAUUUGCAAGACAGUGGAAUUGCUAUGGCUUUUCAAAUUAUUUAUACCGAAAUCUUGACAAAGAAAAUUGAUCCAAGUAAUGUGUUCACAUAUACGGCAAUGAGGCUUCGGCAGAUAGGAAAAGAAGUCGCUCAUUUACUUCCAAAAAACUUAACUGCUCAACUAUCUAAUGAAAAUUAA